CCUUUAUUGUUUUUUAUAUCCCUGUACCACACUGGCAAUUUUAGCAAUGUCAUGGCCCCUGCAUUCACUAUAUCUGGUCUCCCCGGACCCUGCAUCCACUAUAUCCGCUCUGCCAGGACCCUGCAUUCACUAUAUCUGGUCUCCCCGGACCCUGCGUUCACUAUAUCUGGUCUCCCCGGACCCUGCAUUCACUAUAUCUGGUCUCCCCGAACCCUGCAUUCACUAUAUCUGGUCUCCCCGGACCCUGCGUUCACUAUAUCUGGUCUCCCCGAACCCUGCAUCCACUAUAUCUGGUCUCCCCGAACCCUGCAUUCACUAUAUCUGGUCUCCCUGGACCCUGCAUUCACUAUAUCUGGUCUCCCUGGACCCUGCAUUCACUAUAUCUGGUCUCCCUGGACCCUGCAUUCACUAUAUCCGCUCUCCC